AUGUGCUCAAGGGUGGAGUGCAAGCAAUGCGGGAAGACAUCGUGGCGUGGGUGCGGGAAGCACCUUACCACACUCUUUGCCGGCAUUGAGAAAGGGAAGCACUGCAUGUGUCGCCCUUGGCCAGGGGUGGUUGUUUCGUCUGAGAUGGUGACUGAGCAACCACUGGAAGGUUCAACUUCAACUGACAAGG